AUGUAUUAUAUAAUCUCCCACGUCAAUACUCGCCUUCGAAAUGACAUGGAAAAUCCACUGACCCGCCGCUUCUACACUCUCGGCGAAAAAUUCCAAAUCAAAGAAAAUCAUCGAGCUCUAAUGAUGGCUCGUCGAAUUGUCAUGUGCGCUGUUCUUUACGCAACAAUCACAACAACCCUUUUCACACUUUUCAAUUUCAAAAUCAUUCCAGUUCAAGCAUCAAUCUUUACACAUAUUCUAGAAAAUGCGAUUUGUUUGUAAGAAUUUUUCUAAAAAUAUUUUCUGAAAUAAUUUUUUUCAGAAAUCCUCUGCUAACAUGUCCUAUUUUAAUGUCUUGCUCUUCAAUUUGGCACAAAUAUUUCUGGAAUUUUCUACCGUUUCGAAGCUUCAACGUCGAAGAAAAACGAAAAAUCGAUAAUCGAAGUGAUGAGAUGGAUAUUUAUUUUAAGCAAUUGAAAAAUGCUUGGGUCUAA